ACUAAAGUUACUUUACCAACUGAAAUGCACUUUUGAUAGAUGUGAACGAGUGAAUUGGUUACGUUUGUUCAAAUAAGAGCUCUUAUAUAUCAGCAUUCAUAAAAACAAAAGCUAUAAAGGUUAGAAAGGUUACAUUCAGCAUAGAGAUCGGGGGUUUGACGGUGCCCUGACAAGAGGGUUACUCCUUAAGUUUUACCGACGAGCACGUUGUACUUGAUAGAAUAAUUCAUAAAUUAAAAUAUUUUUUAAAUGACUUUUUAAAUCCUUUUUAGUGCAAUAGUGUACAAAAUAGAAAUCCGUCGGGCAGCACUGAAUAUAUGAAUAAACACCACCCCCCCAAUUAUCGUUCUAAAAUAUUAUUGUACCCUUUAGUCAUGCCCCGAGCAACCCUGCCUAGUUGCCGCAUAGACUAUCGAAGGGAAUAGACUGUCUAAGGGAACAGACCUAGUUGCAGCAUAGACUACCGACCUUCGAUACAGUUAAAUGCCUUCGAUAGUCUAUGGUUGCAGGGCGGUUAUAAGAUAACCAUCUUAUAACAGCCCUGAUGGUUGCAGUGAACCGUGUAACCUGCGAGGGCCAGUCAACGCUUGGGCCAAUCACUGGGGCCAAUGGUUGCGUCCUGUGGUUGUGUUAUGUUGUUUUAGGGAAUGUUUUAGGGCACUUGCUGUGCUAUCUACGUCAGAAUAGGAGAUUGCGCAGCAACUGAGAUCUAAAAGACGUUAUAUAAAAAGGUUCUUAGUCCAAGAGCAACAAUGUUUUCAAAAAUCGGAAGGUCGAUUUCGUCCCAAUUUAAUCAUAGAAGACAGGAUUUAAAGAAAUGUUUGGAAUUACAGAUAAAUUCGUACAUUAUUCGCAAGACAGUUUAUCGACGUGUCUCGAAUCUUUCCAAUGAGUCAGACACUAUGCGAACAGCAAUUGACAAGGCAAGAAACUCAAGUUCAUACAUGAAAGAAGUGUUUAAGGAGCUUGGCAACAGAAAUUUGAAUGUCACCUGGAGUGAUGGCACUGUCUCAAGAUUUCCUUAUAAUUUUUUACGUGAUAACUGCAAAUGUUCUCAAUGUUAUGAGUCAUCCAGUAAACAGAAACUGUUCAAUACUGCAAGGGAUCUCAAAAAAGACAUUCAAAUUGAAGAAUUGGUAGUUUUGGAAGAUGGUAAGCAUCUGAAGUGUAUUUGGUCUGGUGGGCAUGAAAGCAAGUAUCCAUUUGGUUGGCUUCACAAAAUGAAAAUGCCAGAAAAGAAUGAAUGUCUGAGGAGGAACUCAAACAGCCUUGUAAAGGAUGAGCUUAUUCUUUGGAAUCGGGAAACAAUGCGAGAUAACAUUCCUUUUCAAGAUUAUAAUCUAAUGAUGAAUGAAGAUAAAAGUUUAUUUGAUUCAUUGUAUUCUUUUUAUCAACAUGGAUUUGUGGUGAUUAAUAAUGCUCCUGCCAGGGAUGGUGUUCUGAUGGAAUUAGCAGAAAGGAUUGGCUAUAUGAGGACAACACAUUAUGGAAAUACUUUUAAUGUAAAAGAUAUUGAGAAUCCUUCCAAUUUGGCUUACACCAACCAGCAUUUACCCUUUCAUACAGAUAUGCCAUUUAUGGUAACUCAACCUGAUAUUCAGUUAUUACAUUGCAUUAAUGAAAACACAGCAGGAGGUGAUAGCAUAUUUGUUGAUGGAUUCAAUGUUGCCAAUCAGCUACACAAAGACCACCCAGAUGCUUUUGAUGUGUUGAGAAAUUUUCAUGUCCGCUAUUGUGAUUAUGGCACAGAUGCCUAUAGUGAAUUCAUAGCUGGUGACUCCAAACCUAUUAUUAAGCUCAACAGACAUGGACGACUGAAUGAAAUUGCGUAUAAUCCAUCUGUCGAGUCUGAGUCGAAAGGUGACUGUACUCCUGAUGAACUUCUAGCAUUUUACGAUGCUUGCUAUUUGUUCACAAAAGUUCUUUAUGACUCGAACAACAUCGUAGACAUGCACUUGAAAUCAGGUCAAAUUGCAAUGUUUGACAAUGGCAGAGUUUUACACGGAAGAUCUGAAUUUGAAGCAACUGGGGGACCUACGGCUAGGUGGCUACAAGGUAUCUAUUUUGAAUGGGAUGUUAUCUUCUCAAAACUCAGAGUGUUGCAAGGGAAACUUGGUCUCAAAGAACCAUACCUACCGGAGCAAUCUGAUGAGUUUUUUUGAAAAACUGGCAAGUAUUGCGAGCUCUUUACCAGUAUAUACAAUUAACAAAUAUAUAAACCCAAAUUAACUGCAUUCUAAUAUGCAGCAGUGCAGUUAUAAUCAGCUCGUUCUAUUUCCAUCUGGUAGCAUUGAAUGUAAAAUAAUAAUGACUUUUAUAUUUAAUACGGUACAUGUUUCUAAAGGAAUUAAAAUCACCGAUUUACGGCGUAUUAUGACUUUACUAACAUGCUUCAAAUUUUUGGUAAAUUUUACUCGUCUUGGAUUUGGUAUAUUUUAAUAUAAAUUUUGGGGGAUUUGUAAUCGAUAUUUUUUAGGAUUGGGAAUAAAUACAAAUUUCAUGUGACCGAAUACUGAAAAGGAAACUCAAGUGUUAGUAUAUAGCUAGCUUUGAAUACAAGAAAUCAGACAGUGAUUCUAUAAAAUAUAAUUGGGUACAAUCCCCAUACAUGCAUGUAAUUCAAUUGCUCAAUUUCUGUGCCUAUGUAGGUCUAUAAAUCUUUGUAGUAGGCAUUUAAUGUAUUUAAGAACAAGCAUGCAUGUUUUGUUUCAACUGGUUAUUUUACGGCGUAGAUUUUAUAAAGCCAUACAGCAGGAGCGUCUGUGCUUGCUAAAUUGAAGAUUGCAUAAUGUAC